AUGAGGACAGUGAGAGCUAAUUGGGGAAUCACAUCGAAAGUUCGUGGUAACUCUGGAUUUGGGUGGAAUGACACAGUGAAGAUGGUAACAACAUCUCCUAAUGCUUACAAUAAUUAUAUUCAGGAAAAUCCUUCUCAUGAGAAAUAUCUCAACCGAAAAAUUGACAUGUAUGAAGAAAUAGCAAUCGUGGUUGGUAAAGACAUGGCUCGUGGUGACUUUUCUAAGAGUUUUGCUGAUAUUGAACUUAGCAAUGAGAGUGGACAAGGGCAGCCUACAAGUAUGACAGAAAAUGGACCAUCGAAAUCAGAUAGAGAAGUGGUUAGUGCCCUGAAGAAAUUCUCAAACAACCAAAUUGAUGUGGAGAAACUUUAUGAAGAGAUAAUGAAAAUGGAUGAUUUUGAAGAAGCAGUUCGUGAUGCCGCAUUUGACCACUUGGUUGAGCGCGAGAUGCUUGCCAAAGCUUUUUUUGACAAAGAGCAAACCUCUUCAAAGAGUUUGGAUCCAAAACUUUAUAAAUUCCCUUAA